AUGACCGCACUCACGCUGCGAGGUGUGAUCAUGGGCAGCAUCUUUGCGACUGCUGGAGCUGCAGUGGCUCAGGUGAGUCGGUGUGGCUUGGAUAUGUUGACAUGCAGAAACUCGAGGGCUUCCAUGGCGCUGUGCUGGUAGCACACUGCCUCGCCAACCGCGCUUUGUCUGGCUUUUCAGCGUUCCUUGCUCCCUCGCAGUGCAAGUGUGUAGACUGGCGCGCUGCACACGGAGCAGGAGGCCCUACCCGCGCUGCGUAGCGCAGGGGCUUGUAUACAGUGGCCAUCGGCUUUGGAGCUGCGCAAGUCGCUUACACAAACACUCACUCGCCCCUUCUACCACCACAGACAUUUUUCUACAAGUCCAAUUCGCCCAGCUUCAGCUCCUACAUGGUCAUCUUGGUGUCCUUGCCCCUAGGACGCUGGCUCGCACGAGUGACGCCAAAAAGGGACAUUUGGAUCCCGCUCAUAGGCUACGUCGCUCUCAAUCCUGGAGACUUUUCCAUCAAGGAGCAUCUGCUGGUCACUGUGGUGUCGAGUUCAGGUGCAUCGUCGGCCUACGCAGCAGACAUUCUCAACAUUCAGGAUCUAUUCUAUCACACCAAGAUGAGCAUUCCGGCCAGUCUGGCCCUGCUGUUGACGACCCAAACCUUAGGCUUUGGCUUUGCAGGUCUGGUGCAUUCCAUCCUGGUCAAGCCCGUCGCCAUGGUGUUUCCAGGGACUCUGGUGACCACAACGAUGUUCAACACGCUACAUGGGGCGCACAGUGCGGACACCAAGCCCCGUCUUCGGUUCUUUGCCUUUGCAUUCGUUGCCAGUGAGAUCAGCAUGGCUUGCUGACUCCAACGAACUUCAGCUGACACUCGAAAGGCCUUUCACGUGCACCUCUAGUCUUCAUCUAUCAAUUCAUUCCAGCCCUCAUCAUGCCUACCCUCACUUCGGUGUCGCUGCUCUGUCUGUUCAACAACGAGUCGCGCUCCAUGCGUAUCCUGGGCUCUGGCAUGAAAGGAUUCGGACUGCUGAACUUCUCCCUCGAUUGGACCGCCGUGGGUGCUGCUGGACCUCUCUACACGCCGCUCUGGGCUGCGCUCAAUUACUAUGCCGGCAUCAUGGGAGCCAUGUUCGUAGUCAUGCCAUGCUUGUACUUUCUCGUGGGCGAACAUGGCUUUUGGGACGCGCAAAAAUUCGACGCGCCGCUCGGGGCGGGAUUGUAUGGAGGAGACUACAAAAAGUUCAACGUGUCGAGCGUGCUGGAUAGCAAGAAUAUGCUCGACCCUACAAAGUGGAAACAGAACUCGCCUCUGCUGCUCACGCCAUGGGUGAGUCUGGGAGGUGCGAGAGAGAGUCGCGCAGGUGACGAUCACUGGCUAAGGCUUCGUUGUCCAUCUUGCCCUGUCUGAUCAGUUUGCGCUGUGAGUGCACGCUUCUCAGGGCUAGACAGUAAGCCGUCUGCUCACCUGCUACUUCGCGUGCAACAGCUCGUACGGUAUCUCCUUUGCGACGCUCACCUCCAUGAUCACGCAUGUGGUGCUCUGGCAUCGAAAGGACAUUAUGAAAGCCAUCUUUGCUCCGCCUGGGGAAGAUAUCCACAAUCGCCUGAUGAAGGCGUACCAACCAGUCCCCAAGAGGUGCGGAAGGUGCAUCGUCGCGGCGGAUCAUCGUCCACUUACUGAUCACCUCGAGCGCUUCUUCGCCCUAGCUGGUACGUUGCUACCUUGGCAAUCAGUCUGUCUACUGCCAUUCUGCUCGUAGCGACCUCGCCCCUUCAGAUCACUGUCAGUCAAUCCUGGGCAGACAUUUCCGCGCGCGCUGGCAUAGGCCAUGCUGACGAGAAUUCACGUCGGCAGGUCACGGGUCUGCUACUAGCCGUCUCUAUCGCACUGAUCUUUUUGGUGCCUGUAGGUCUGAUCAAAGCAGUGUCGGACACCGUCAUUGGUCUCAACGUCGUCACCGAAUUUGUCGCUGGAUUGCUUUGGCCUGGAAGACCAGUGGGAAAUGUCGCUUUCAAAUGCUAUGGGUACAUGGCCAUGUCGCAGGCUCUGGACUUGACAACGGACCUCAAGCUUGUGGGUGGUCGUGUCUCACGUUUGACUCGCGGAAGCCAACUUGGCUGACAAGAUCUAUCGACGCUCGCGGCAGGCGCAUUACAUGAGUGAGUACGAGCGGCCGCUCUAGAAAGGGUGCACGGCAUCAAUCUCAUCCUCGCUCGUCGUGUGAGCGGCAGAGAUUCCCCCUAGACACAUGUUUGUCGCGCAGACGAUUGGAACUGUCAUUGGUUGCUGCGUCAAUCUAGUGAGUACGUUUGCAAACAGCGACGCAUAUCACAGAUGCUGAAAUGUACCCCCAUGCUACUGCCUUUGAUUCAGGCCGUCGUGCGCUUGAUCCUCAGUCCAGAUGCAGGCUAUCGGGUCUUUCUCACUGGAGAAAAAGUGGAUCCGACAGGUCAAUGGGAUGGUAGAAAGGUGCACAUCUUCUACAGCGCAUCCAUCAUCUGGGGCGCCAUUGCACCAGCUCGGUUCUUCGUGGGCAACUACGUCAAGCUCUACUUUGGCUUUCUCAUAGGUUUCCUCUUGCCCGUCCUUCCUUGGCUGCUCAACAAGCGCUUCCCGAGGAAAUGGUGGCAGCAGAUCAACUUUCCCGUGCUGCUUCAUGGCGCGGGUCUGCCGCCUCAAGUACCCACCAAUGUGAGCGAGCUGAAGCCACGCCUGGACAAAGCAGGAAAGAAAAAAUCAAAAAAGUGUCUUGCACUAAAGUUUGCGCCCUUUUGCUCUGUCAACCCCUUCUGCACAGAUCAUCUCGAGCGGCUUUAUAGCGGCCAUCUUUUCGCAGUAUUGGAUGCGCAAACAUCAUCCCAAAUUCUUUGCGAAGCGCAAUUACGUCCUUAGCGCUGCUUUGGAUGCUGGCAGUGAGCGUCUUGUUCAUCGAGCCGAAUUUCGAGUUUGCAUGAUGAAAGUGACUUGCACAUUGCGCGCGCCUGACCUUCGCACCCUCAUUCCACUUGCAGCAUCCAUCAAUGCCCUCGUGCUCUUCUUCAUGUCCGUCACCAUUCUCAAGGUGGUGCCGAUGCCUAGGUGGUGAGUGUUGGGAGGGAGAAAAGCGAGCGCAACAAGGAACCUGCUGAUCAUCUUGUCGACUUUUUCCCCGCGCCUCGACGCACUCGCACUUUUUUGUCUUGUAUUUUCCUCACUCCUGCCACCUUCCUUUGCGCCCUUUUUCUGACGACGCGUCAUCGCACGAGUUUAGGUGGGGCAAUCCUGCUGCGGAUUCGGAACAUUGUCUGCCUGCAGGAGGCACCAAUGGUCCAGCUUUCUGA